UAUCACUAUCAUUAUCAUCAUCACCAUUACCAUUAUCAUCAUUAUCAUCAUCAUUAUCACCAUUAUUAUCAUCAUCAUCUUUAUUAUCAUCAUCUUCAUCACUAUCAUUCCAGACUUUCUAACCUUACAAAACUGACAAUGAACGUCAACUAACGAAAUAUCAAAGCAACUCACAAUGAUAAACAAAUACUAAAACAAGCAAGCUUUACAAAAACUACGUAAACGAAGAGGAAAUGGCAGAUACCAUGACACACUGCACCACCGACUAAUGUAUGGCAGAUACCAUGACACACUGCACCACCGACUACUGUAUGGCAGAUACCAUGACACACUGCACCACCGACUACUGUAUGGCAGAUACCAUGACACACUGCACCACCGACUACUGUAUGGCAGAUACCAUGACACACUCCACCACCGACUACUGUAUGGCAGAUACCAUGACACACUCCACCACCGACUACUGUAUGGCAGAUACCAUGACACACUCCACCACCGACUACUGUAUGGCAGAUACCAUGACACACUCCACCACCGACUACUGUAUGGCAGAUACCAUGACACACUGCACCACCGACUACUGUAUGGCAGAUACCAUGACACACUGCACCACCGACUACUGUAUGGCAGAUACCAUGACACACUGCACCACCGACUACUGUAUGGCAGAUACCAUGACACACUCCACCACCGACUACUGUAUGGCAGAUACCAUGACACACUACACCACCGACUACUGUAUGGCAGAUACCAUGACACACUGCACCACCGACUACUGUAUGGCAGAUACCAUGACACACUGCACCACCGACUACUGUAUGGCAGAUACCAUGACACACUGCACCACCGACUACUGUAUGGCAGAUACCAUGACACACUGCACCACCGACUACUGUAUGGCAGAUACCAUGACACACUGCACCACCGACUACUGUAUGGCAGAUACCAUGACACACUGCACCACCGACUACUGUAUGGCAGAUACCAUGACACACUCCACCACCGACUAAUGCAUCUUUUUUUUUUUUUAUCUAUUUACACGAUGAAGACUUUUCCUUUUCUAUGUAACUUAGAAAGUAACAUGAACAAUGUGACUGAUUCAUUACCGUACAUUAAUCGCAU